CCUCUAUCAGAUGUGUUAACAGAAUUCCUCCUCCGCAGACGGAACCACUUCCACAAGAGGUGGAAUUGUACGUAUAUAAAGCUAUCAUCGUGCAUUCAAAUCAUUUAGUACGGUAUUGAUUAAAGAUAAAAGCAUAAAAAUAUUUCUGUUUGAAAACAACAUCAAACUGGACUGUUGUGGCCGCUUCUGGUUCAUGUUUAGGACUGAUCCAUCUACCGUCCGCCCCUGGAAACGUGACGUAACACUUGAGUCACUCAGUACGAUGGAAAAGAGACUGUCCGGUGAAACUAUAUUGACUGAAUACUCGAACGGUUUCCCUUCAAGUAAAUGAUUCAGUCAACCGAAGCGACCAACCUUUGAAGAGUUGGUGGUCGUCAAACCCUGACUGUCUCUUCUGGACCCCCGAGCAGGAAUGACCACCGCGCUGCUCCUCCUCAGCCGACAACUGGCCGCGCUGUGCGUCUCAUCCCGUGGGCAACUUUCUGUCACGAGGGGGUUCUGUUCCUCGUCCCCGUCCAGCCCCGCGCCGGGACCCGGGCACACCACCGGAGCAGGAGGGGAAGCGGAAGCCGGCAGCCACGAGCCAAAGUGGAAGGCGGCUGGAGCAUCACAAACUACGGCCAACACAGGACCAGGACGUCCUAUGGGCUCCAGCAGCAGCCGGCCCUUCAGCACCCUCGCCCAGCCGCUCGACGGGGGGCUUCACCCGGACCCCGAGGCCGACCCCGAGGCCGACCCCCAGGCGGACCCUGACCAGCUGCUCCGUCAGUGCGCGGAGGCCCUCCGGGGCCGGCCGGCCCGGCCCCGCCGUGAGCUGGUCUCCAGCCGCGCCCCAGGCAACUGCUGCCGCCACAGCGCCUCGCCCCGGGUCCGUGUGCUGCAGUGGAACGUCCUGGCCCAGGCUCUCGGAGAGGGUAAGGACGGCUUUGUGCGCUGCCCGCCGGACGCCCUCGACUGGCGGGAGAGGAAGUACCUGAUCCUGGAGGAGAUCCUCACCCACCGGCCCGACGUGGUGUGCCUGCAGGAGGUCGACCACUACCACGACACCUUCCUGCCCGUCCUCGGCAGCCUGGGCUACCGCGGCAGCUUCCUGCCCAAGCCCCGCUCGCCCUGCCUGGACGUGGAGCCCAACAACGGGCCCGACGGCUGCGCCCUCUUCUACAGCCGCGAGCGCUUCUCCCCGACGGCCACCGACCACCUGCGUCUCUCGGCCAUGAUGCUGCCCACCAACCAGGUGGCCAUUGUGCAGUCGCUGCGCUGCCGCGCCACGGGCCGGGGGCUGUGCGUGGCCGUCACCCACCUGAAGGCCCGCAGCGGCUGGGAGAGGAUGCGGAGCGCGCAAGGAGCCGACCUGCUGCGCCGCCUGCGGGCCAUCACGUCCCGGGCGGCGGCCUCCGAGGCGGACGGCGCGGCGGAGAUCCCGCUGCUGGUGUGCGGGGACUUCAACGCCGAGCCCUCGGAGGAUGUGUACCGGCGGUUCCUGGCGUCGUCGCUAGGGCUGGACUCGGCCUACAGGCUGCUGAGCGCCGACGGGCUGACGGAGCCCCCUUACACCACCUGGAAGAUCCGCCCGUCUGGGGAGAGCCGGGGCACGCUGGACUACAUCUGGUACAGCCGGGAGUCGCUCAGCGUGGAGACGCUGCUGGACAUCCCCGGCGAGGAGCAGAUCGGGCCCGACCGGCUGCCCUCCUACCACUACCCCUCGGACCACCUGUCGCUGCUCUGCGACGUCAGCUUCAGAGAGCUCCCUCACAGGCUGAUGUGAGGCUGUGUGGGCGGGCUGCUCAGCGAGGGGAAGGAGGUUCCCUUGGCUAACCUCGUACCGUUAUCCGUAGGAAAGAGUUUCACUUGGCUAACCUCGUAACGUUAUGCUUAGGAAGGAGCUUCACUUGGCUUACCUCGUAACGUUAUCCUUAGGAAUGAGUUUCACUUCACUUACCUCGUAACGUUAUCCUUAGGAAUGAGUUUCCCUUGAACCGUAACGUUAUCCUUAGAAUGAGUUUCACGUAACUUACCUCGUAACGUUAUCCUUAGGAAUGAGUUUCACUUCAACCGUAACGUUAUCCUUAGGAAUGAGUUUCACUUCAACCGUAACGUUAUUUUCAUGAGUGGAAACGGUUCAACUGUGUAUUUGAGAGGUUGGAAUGCAAGUAAUUGAGUGUUGACAAGACAGCGGGCCACAAAUUAUGGGAUUUGUCCUUUUUUUGUUUGAAGAGGAUACUUGACACUGGAAAGCGGUAACCAAGUUAUUUAUUUUCUUUUGACCAGCAUCUAUUUAAUGAUAUUUAAAAAAAUAUUUUUCUACAUAAUGGUGUUAUAUUACCGUUGUUUAAUUUAUUGCUACUUUGUAAAAGUACAAGUUAAUUAGGGAAUUGUUGCUGUGACAAAAUAAAGUAACUAUAUU